ACAAAGGGCAGCGUGAGGAGUGGACACCAUGUCUGAGGGAACCUGCCAGCGCCUCUGGGAGUCCUCCCACGUGGCCUUGCGAGAACUGCUGGACCGAGAGCAGCCCCUGCUCGAACCCGUGCCCGAGCGGGAGCGGCCGUCCUUCCAGUACAGGCUCGCGUCGCUCUACCUGCACUACCUGGGGCUGCUGCGCCGGUUCGACACCAUCUACGACCAGAUGGUGCAGCCGCAGAAGCGACGGCUGCUGCGGCGCCUGCUAGACGGCGUGGCGGGCCGCGUGCUGGAGCUCAAGGACGAGCUGGUACGCGCUGACCUGUGCGAGACCCACUACCUGGACCACGUACUGCAGGAUCUCAAGCUCACUCCGGCAGACCUGGAGGUUUCAAUCCCCAAAUACUUCCUGUUGGAGCAGUCCAGUGCUGUGCGGGAGCGAGGGGUGAUGCUGGCAGAGAUCCUGUCCAGGAUGGAGCCGGUGUUCUCCAAGGAGAGCGCUCCAGGAAUGCACCGGACGGAGGCCAUAAUUCUAGUGCAAAAGGCAGAGCGGGCCAGGCAAGGCCGGCUUCGAGCCACCUUCAUGCGAGAGAUUCGAAGAGAGGAGGAGCGGGAUCGAAGGAGUCGGGAGGACGGGCGGCACAAAUUUGGUCAGGACUAUGCAGCUGUCACCAUACAAAAGGUGUGGAAGGGCUACCUGCAGAGGAGACAAACUCAGCGGGACCGGAGAACAGAGAUGGAGUUCAUUGGCAUGCUCCCCUUGCCCAGCCAGGUGGAGCCCCUGAACAUCAUGUUCCAGGCCACCCUGAAAGACGAUGUCCGGAGGCUCCACCAGAUAGAAAAGGAGGAGGAGUUCCAGGCGGCAAUGGCCAAGGCCCACGACUCUCUCACAGAGACAGAGGGGCCUGACAUGAAGGAGAAAAUGAAGGAGCAAAUCCGACAGUGGUUUAUUGAGUGCCAUGCCCUCACCGGCCGUUUCCCUGAUUAUCCAGAUGAGUCUUUAGGUGGAUCCUCCCUGAUCUUUGCAGACAAAACUCCCGAACAGGUGAGAAUGGAACUGGAGUUACAGGCCCAGGAGGGCAAAAAAAGGGAAGAAGACAAAAGUAAGGAAAAAGAAAAGGAUAAAAAAGAGAAGAAGAAGAAAGGAAAGGACGAAAAGGCCAAGAAAGGGGAAGCAGAUACAGUGCUGCAAGUGUUGCCAUCCAAAUUUGUUUCUGUGAUUAGUGCGGGUCAUGAAGAAUACUUAAACACGUGGAAGAACCGGUAUGACCGUCUAUACCCUGGUGAGAAUUUUGACUCUGAGACCCUCCGAGAGGCAAAGAGGAAGGAAGUAGAGCAGGAGAUUCGGAUACAGGUGGAUGAGCUGAUGCGCCAGGAGUUGAAGAAGCUGCGUCUGGCUGUGGACAAGGAGGAGGAAAGACCCUUUAAGGCUCCAAAGAAAAAGCCUGGGAAGAAAACCGGGAAGAAGAAGGAAAAAGAUCUGACCCCAGACAGGUCUGUGGACUCACUGUAUGAAGAACUUGUCACUUUUGGCUUUCUAAAGAAGAGUGAGACAGUAACACUGAAAGACUAUAUUGGUGACUGCCUCUAUCUUGGAUCCACUUUGACUCUGGCAAACAAGCUGCCCAUGCCCUCCCUGUUUGACAUACGGCAGAACAUAGCCUUGUAUGCGGUCCUUCGGCUUGGCUCUCCAGAUAUCCACGCCAUGGCUCCCCUCAUCCGCUCUAUCCUCCUGGUAGGCCCCUCUGGCAUGGGGAAGAAGAUGCUGGUCCAGGCCGUAUGCACAGAAACUGGUGCCAACCUGUUUGACCUGUCACCUGGCAACCUGCUGGGCAAAUAUCCUGGCAAGAAUGGGACGCAGAUGAUAGUACACAUGGUCUUUAAGGUAGCCCGGCUCCUACAGCCCUCUGUGAUCUGGAUUGGAAAUGCUGAGAAGAAUUUCUAUAAGAAGGUCCCAAAAGAAGAGAGAGAGAUGGACCCAAAACGAAUAAAGAAGGACCUCACCAAGGCCGUGAAGCUGCUGAUGCCUGGAGACCGCGUGAUGCUAAUCGGGACGACUGAGAAGCCACAGCUGGCCGACAUGCGGGGCCUGUGCCGGGUCUAUGAGCGUAUCCUCCUGAUGCCCCGGCCCGAUUAUGCUUCUCGCUAUGUGCUCUGGAAGCACAUGAUAGAGACCCAAGGAGGCCAGGUGACCCAGCACCUGGACAUCAGUGCUCUGGCCAAGGUCUCCGAUGGCUACACACCUGGUCACAUUCUCCAAACCAUCCAAUCUGUGCUGACUAAGCGGCGGCUCCUGCGACUGUCCAAGCGGUCCCUGGUGGCUUCCGAGUUCCUGGGACAUCUGGCGAAGCUAGAGCCAGUGUACAGAGAGGAGGAGGAGUCCCUGAAGGACUGGUACUUCAAGACUCCUCUGGGCAAGAAGAAUAUGAAACUCAGCAAGGACCAGCUGGAGGCUGAGGAGGCCAAGCUGGCCAAGGAGAAGAAGAAAAGGAAGUGAUGACUGUGGCCUGUGGGUGCCUGAGAUUCGUGGGUGGGAUGGGGUAGUACCCCAGGGGUGAAGGGCCAGGGCAGAGGCAUAAAUGCCCAAAUGGCUUGGGAACAAAA